GGGAGGGCGGGCCGUGUGUGUCUGUGUUGUUGUUCGGCGGCGACGACGGCGGCGGCGGCAGCGGCAGCGGCGGCGGUAAGAUGGCUGCCCACGGGGGCUCCGCGGCGUCCUCGGCGCUGAAGGGGUUAAUUCAGCAGUUCACCGCCAUCACCGGUGCAAGUGAAAGUGUAGGAAAACAUAUGCUUGAAGCCUGCAACAAUAACUUGGAAAUGGCAGUCACAAUGUUUUUGGAUGGCGGAGGAAUUGCUGAGGAGCCCAGUACGAGUUCUGCAAGUGUAUCUACUGUCAGAGCACACACAGAAGAAGAAGUUCGUGCCCCAAUUCCUCAAAAGCAGGAAAUAUUGGUGGAACCAGAACCCUUGUUUGGUGCUCCUAAAAGACGACGACCUGCACGAUCAAUAUUUGAUGGUUUCCGAGAUUUUCAAACUGAAACUAUUCGGCAAGAACAGGAAUUAAGAAAUGGAGGAGCAAUAGAUAAGAAACUGACUACUCUUGCAGAUUUAUUCCGGCCACCCAUUGACUUAAUGCAUAAAGGCAGCUUUGAAACAGCCAAAGAGUGUGGCCAGAUGCAAAAUAAAUGGCUGAUGAUAAACAUCCAGAAUGUACAAGACUUUGCAUGCCAGUGUCUCAACCGUGAUGUAUGGAGUAAUGAAGCUGUAAAGAAUAUUAUCCGGGAACAUUUCAUUUUCUGGCAGGUUUAUCAUGACAGCGAGGAAGGUCAGAGAUACAUACAGUUUUAUAAGCUGGGGGAUUUCCCCUAUGUGUCUAUCCUGGACCCGCGGACGGGUCAGAAGCUAGUGGAAUGGCACCAGUUAGAUGUGUCUUCUUUUUUGGAUCAAGUGACAGGAUUUCUGGGUGAACAUGGGCAACUGGAUGGACUUUCUAGCGGCCCGCCCAAAAAAUGUGCCCGCUCAGAAAGCCUGAUAGAUGCAAGUGAGGACAGCCAGCUGGAAGCUGCCAUCAGAGCCUCUUUGCAGGAGACACAUUUUGACUCCACGCAGACGAAGCAAGAUAGUCGUUCAGAUGAGGAAUCUGACUCUGAACUUUUUUCUGGUAGUGAGGAGUUCAUAUCUGUAUGUGGCUCUGAUGAAGAAGAGGAAAUCGAGAAUCUUGCCAAGUCUAGAAAAUCUCCCCACAAAGAUUUGGGGCAUAGAAAAGAAGAGAUCAGAAGGCCACUCCCUGAGCCCUCUGCUAGAACUGAGCCUGCAACAACCACGAACCACCAAGGAUUGCCAGCUAUGGAUUCUGAAAUCUUGGAGAUGUCGGCUGAAAAGUCAGAUGGGAUAGUGGAGGGGGCAGAUGUCAACGGACCAAAAGCACAGCUGAUGUUGCGAUAUCCAGAUGGAAAAAGGGAGCAGAUCACUCUGCCGGAACAAGCGAAGCUGCUGGCUUUGGUGAAGCACGUGCAGUCUAAAGGGUAUCCUAAUGAACGUUUUGAACUUCUUACCAACUUCCCCCGAAGGAAACUGUCUCACCUGGACUAUGACAUCACAUUGCAAGAGGCAGGCCUUUGUCCUCAAGAGACUGUGUUUGUGCAGGAAAGAAAUUAACACUAUGGCCUGACCUCUCUCAGCUUCCCCCUUUUUCUUCCUUUGUCUUCGUGAGGUACCAUGUCACUAAGUAUGCAUUUUGGCUCAUAGGACCACAGAGCCAAAGUUGGACAAGCAAGUCACCUUCCUUCUCUUUACUUACUAUACUCAGUCUCUUCCCCUAAUACCCGCUCUUUUUUUCUUGUUUCUAUUUUCUAUUUCUGUCUUGUUUUCUUACCUAAACUGGUGACCAAAUGGAAAUGUAAACCUCUAGUACUGGCAGCAGGAUAUGUGUGUUACAAUAAUAGGUGAUCUACACAGCUUUUUUUUUUUUUUUCUUUCUCUUGGAUCAAAUGAUAAAGUUGGUACUCCUCAGACUGUGGCAGAGGAAUGGCUAGAUUCAGCAUAAGAACAACCCUCUCCCACCCUUUUCUUAUAGGCCCACAUUUUUAGUAGGUGCAAGAAAUUGUCUAACACACAUUUUGUUUUGUUCUUUAUAUCAGAAAUAUCUGGAGUUUUUUAUUUACAUGGAAACAAAAUCUUUAGGGUUAUUGCUCAUUGCAUUUAAUUUUUUUUCAAAGGAUUCCUAUCCAGCUACAGAAAGUAUUUCCGUGAUACGUGUAAUUGGCAAAAUGAAUGAUAAAUGUGGAGUUUGUAGCACAGGGUGACUUUUUUGAAUGUCUGUCCUAGCCUGAGAUGACCCUUUUCAUUAAUACUCUGUUAACUGUAUUGAUCCUGCUAAUCCAAGAGUAGAACCUUAGCAUACUGUAGUAACUGUGAGAGGAAAAUGCUUGCUAUUUUUGCCAGUACAGCAUGUUAGUUCCUUUGGCCCUUCCAUUGUCUUGAGUCCACAGGGAUCUGUAGGAAGGUGGUUCAAUAAUCAUGCAGUGCCAUGGCUUAUGAUUGUAACCACUGUGGUUAUUGAUUGUCCUGUGUGCUUAAGGCAUACUUACAUGUGUCCUGGGAGGAGAAGAAAAGAAUGUAGCUGAGAGUUGUUAGCCAUAUUCCUCGGGUUAAAAGUAAUGGUUCAUUUUUUUAGCCUCUGGUUGGAAUAGUCUGUAAAAGGCCCUGGAAACUGAUCAAGCUUAACUUCUUCAUGCUGUUUUCUUUCAAAGGAUGUCAUAAACAGGAAGAUUCUCUAAGGGGAAGGCCUUUAAACUCAAUUCUUAACACUUUUAGUAGGGAAUAGGGGAGGUUACUAGUCAUCUUCUGGAUGCAGGUGUUUUUCUGCCAACAAAAGCCACAUUCAGAUUAUAGUUGGCAGAUACUUCUAUAGUGCUUACAACAUGCCCUUUUGAAUCCAUACAGAAUCAUCGUAAGUUUCACUUGUGCUCAGUUCUUAAUGUGAGCCUUAAAUAGAGUCCUCUGAAGGAAGAGCAGUGAUUCUGGUGCCCUAAUCAGAACUCAGUAUGUUAUCAAACUGUUCUAGAGUUGGAACUGUUUUAUCAGUUGAAGGUUGAGAGUAUUUCUACCUGAGGAGCAUAAAUUGCAUUGUUCAGAGGUCUUUGGGCUCCCGCCUACUUUAAUUGAGAUAAAUCUCUUGCUAGUACACAAUUAUAGGAUAUGGUUUCCGAUGGUUGCAGUUUGAGGGACCCUUACUAAAAAGUUGUGUAUCUCCUCAGAAAAUCAUGGAAAAUUCUGUUUUAUUCUUCAGUGAGUCCUUUUGAAUUAAUGUUCUUACAUUUUUUUCUAAGUCUGUGUAAGUGCUUAUGUAUAAGUAUAUAAUUGUAUAAAUAUUUAUAAAUAUAUUUAUAUAAUUACACUUUCA